GGAAGAAGAAGAAAUCACAGAAUGGCGAUUGGUGACAGAAACAACUCUAGGAUAGUCGGAGUGGAAUCAGGUGUCAAUCCCGCAGGUAGAGGUGAUUCUCCGGGACGACGAGCAACAAGAACGGUGAGGCCACCACGGGGAAGCAUCUACCCUGAGGGCAGCCGCCGGAUGGUCAUCGUCAUCGUGGCGGCCCUGGUCAUCGCCAUUGUGGCCGUCAUGGGUGCCAUCGUCUACAUCUGUAUGACCGAUGACUCUGGACCGUCGUCCUACGGGGCGCCGCGACUGGGAGCCAACAAACGUAAGGUGUUUGCGCUGACGCGCAGGUAAAUCGGCGCUCUCGCGAAACGCACAACGGUGGGCUCGAGACGCUGCAGAUCAGGCAAACGGCGUGUAUGCAUCACCAAUAACGUAUAGCGCGCUAUCAGUGGCUGUUGUCUAUAUCUCCCCUCGUGCGUUUGUUGGCUGCGACGUCAGGGGAGCUUUAGCACGUCGAAGUACCGUAAUAACGUAGUCCCGGUCCACGUUUGAGCGUGACUGGGUGAAGGCGGUACAUAUACGUCACUAUACGUGAAUGCGAUGUGCUAAAACUCGCUGUCGUUACGCCGGUAUAUAUACAAUGUUACUACACGGGAGCAUACGAUGUGCUAAAACUCGCUGUCAUGGCGGGUCUCCACAACCUGCUUGGGAGUUCACGGAGCCAAAUCAACCACUUGCUUUGGGUACGUGCUUUGCCUCUACGUUUGUCUUCUCUGCAAUCCGUCCAUCACGGUUCCUCCGCCAUGGAGUGGCGGCGCAGCAUGGCUCCAGCACUGCGGCUGACUUGCUGCCAACGGCAACAUCGAAGUACCUGCAUGGACAUCGACUAAUUGAUGAUACGUCAACAACGGCCCGAGCAAGAUGCGUCGUCGCCACCCGUCUUCCAUUUUACCAAGCCUUUUCCGACGG